UGUAAUUGAAGGUCACGUUAGGGUUUACACGACAUCAGACGUGAUCUUCCGGAUGAGUCAUCUCCGGGGAUAUCCAUCGAUACAUCCAAUGGGUUUCGAUUCGUUUGGUUUGCCGGCAGAAAAUGCGGCGAAACAGCACUCAAUUGAGGCCAACGUUUGGACCGAUAAUAAUAUCAAACAAAUGAAACAACAGUUAAAUGAAAUGGGAUUUCAAUUCAAUUGGAGAGAGAGUACAAGCGAUGAGUCGUUUUAUAAGUGGACGCAAUGGCUGUUCAUUCAGUUAUACAAAUCAGGUCUCGCCUACAAAGGCAUGGGUUUUGUGAAUUGGGAUCCGAUUGAUCGCACAGUUUUGGCCGACGAACAGGUGGACAGUGAGGGCAGGAGUUGGAGGAGUGGCGCCAAAGUCGAGAAGAAAUGCCACAAACAGUGGUUCAUUAAAACCAAUUCUUUUGCCAAAGAUUUAUACGAAGGAAAAGAUAUCGACAAUAGCGGCCAUUGGAGUCAAAUACUGGCGUCGCAGAGGAAUUGGUUGAAGAAACCAAAUGGAUAUUUGUUUUAUUUGAAAUUCACUAAAUCUAAUGAUAUCUUACAAGUGUUUACUAAAUAUCCCGAACUUUUAACAAAUGAUAAAACAUUUGUCGCCAUUUCGUCCACUCAUUGGUUAGCAUUGGAUAACAAUAUUAACGAUAAAGUAAUCAAUCCGUUCACUAAUAACGAGAUGGAUAUCAGAGUGAUUGACAGCGAUUCCAUCCCUCAAUCCACUCAAUCAACUCUUAUGGUUAAGACCGAGAGUUUUGAAAACAUAGAUUUGAGACAAAAUGUAUUGUCGGAAAGCAAACGAUUAAAUAUCGGCGGAUAUUUCACUUCAUCCACAUUUAGAGAUUGGCUUAUUUCUCGACAGAGGUAUUGGGGAACUCCUAUUCCUAUCAUUUACUGCAAUGAAUGUGGAAUACAAACGGUUCCCGAAGACCAGCUGCCCAUCAAAUUGCCGAAACUCAACCCUUCAGAGACACGUAGUAUUGGAGAUGACAUCUCAAACCCUAUUAGAAAUGCGGCUCCAAAUGAAUGGCUAUACACUGAAUGUCCCGAAUGUGGAUCCACUGAUGCCAUGAGAGAAACUGAAACUUUGGAUACAUUUUUUGAUUCUUCGUGGUAUUACCUGAGAUACGCCUCACAACCGCUCGAUAACAAGCCUUUCGAUUGUGAGGCAGUUUUGCCCACAUUUUGUUACGUCGGCGGCAAAGAACACGCGGUUCUUCAUCUGCUUUAUUCCCGAUUUAUUACACACUUUCUUCACGAUAAAGGCUUUUGUCAUUUUAGAGAACCCUUUAAAAAGCUGUUAAUGCAGUCAAUAGUUAAGGGAAAGACAUAUAAAGUCGAUGGCGUGUAUGUCAGCGAAGAAGAGGCUAAACAACACAAUAAUGUUGUCAUUGAAUACGAAAAAAUGUCAAAAUCAAAGGGAAAUGGAGUGAAUCCACAGGAAUUACUGCAUAAGUAUGGAACCGAUGCCACGCGUUGGACACUUAUAGCCGACGGAACCACUGAUAAGGAGAGGUUCUGGGAAAACGAUGAGAAAGAAUUUGGUCCGUCUCUUGCAUUCCUGCACAGAGUUCUGAUGACAGUCGAAGAGUUUUGCGAUAUUAAAAGCGGCAAAACUGUAAUAAAUGGUCAUACGAUCAAAGAAGUGGACAAACAGACCACCGAUAAAGCAAAACAAGCAUUACUUGAAGCCAUUAAUUACACGACCGAUAAAGUGGUCGUUAGUGUUGAACACAUUUGUAAUAUGAAGAGAUCGACGAUAGCUGUCCACGAGAUGAUCAAUGCUAUGCGAAAGUAUCAUCGAUCAAAUGUCAUCAAUACUCUGGAAUACGAGAGAUGUUUGGCCGCGCUUUUAAUCAUUAUCUCGCCAUUUGUUCCGCACGUAUCGGCCGUCUGUUGGGAUCAAUUCGCUUCUCACGCCAUCGGUUCCCAUGAAUACGAUAUCACAAAAUCAGUGUUCGAACAAAAGUGGCCCACAAUUGAUGACCAAUCCUUUGAGCACAAGAUAUGGUUCACAUAUAGUGACAAAACAGGCAAACAAAUCAAUAGUCAUAGCAUUAAAGUGAACAGAAGUUCAUUGAAAAAUUGGACACAAAGUGAUGUCAAAGAAGUGAUUGACGUCAGAGAAGAGGACAUCGAGAAGAUUGAUAUCAUUAAAGACGUUGCGAUUGUCGUGAGACUCAAGAAUGGAAAACAUCAAAAGUGUUCAAUUAUUGUCAGUAAAAACUUGUGCCGAUUUGAGUCAGUGUUUAGUAAGAAUCAUAGGAUCCGUAUAUCAGAGCAAUUCAAUCACUCAUAUCUGCCGUCACUCCUGAAGAAUAUUGAAAACGAAUGGAAACCUUUUGUCGACAACUACUGGAACCGAGUUGUGGCCAAUAGUUCUUCGGCGAAGACCAGUCGCUAUGUGUUGGCAAUGUUUCCCAAUUCCAGCGGUUCCUUACAUUUAGGUCACGUUAGGGUUUACACGACAUCAGACGUAAUCUUCCGGAUGAGUCAUCUCCGGGGAUAUCCAUCGAUACAUCCAAUGGGUUUCGAUUCGUUUGGUUUGCCGGCAGAAAAUGAGGCGAAACAGCACUCAAUUGAGGCCAACGUUUGGACCGAUAAUAACAUCAAACAAAUGAAACAACAGUUAAAUGAAAUGGGAUUUCAAUUCAAUUGGAGAGAGAGUACAAGCGAUGAGUCUUACUAUAAAUGGACGCAAUGGCUGUUCAUUCAGUUAUACAAAUCAGGUCUCGCCUACAAAGGCAUGGGUUUUGUGAAUUGGGAUCCAAUUGAUCGCACGGUUUUGGCCGACGAACAGAUGGACAGUGAGGGGAGGAGUUGGAGGAGUGGCGCCAAAGUCGAGAAGAAAUGUCACAAACAGUGGUUCAUUAAAACCAAUUGUUUUGCCAAAGAUUUAUACGAAGCAAAAGAUAUCGAGAAUAGCGGCCAUUGGAGUCAAAUACUGGCGCAACAGAGGAAUUGGUUGCAGAAACCAAAUGGAUAUUUGUUUUAUUUGAAAUUCACUAAAUCUAAUGAUGUUUUACAAGUGUUUACUAAAUAUCCCGAACUUUUAACAAACGAUAAAACAUUUGUCGCCAUUUCGUCCACUCAUUGGUUAGCAUUGGAUAACAAUAUUAACGACAAAGUAAUCAAUCCGUUCACUAAUAACGAGAUGGAUAUCAGAGUUGUUGACAGCGAUUCCAUCGCUGAAUCCACUCAAUCAACUCUUAUUGAGAUUGAUACUCUUAUUGAUCAACUCUUUAAGACCGAGAGUUUUGAAAACAUAGAUUUGAGACAAAAUGUUUUGUCGGAAAGCAAACGAUUAAAUAUCGGCGGAUAUUUCACUUCAUCCACAUUUAGAGAUUGGCUUAUAUCGAGACAGAGGUAUUGGGGAACUCCUAUUCCUAUCAUUUAUUGCAAGUCAUGUGGAAUACAAACGGUUCCCGAAGACCAGCUGCCCAUCAAAUUGCCUCAACUCAACCAUUCAGAGACACAUAGUAUUGGAGAUGACAUCUCAAAUCCUAUUAGAAAUUCGGCUCCAAAUGAAUGGCUAUACACUGAAUGUCCCGAAUGUGGAUCCACUGAUGCCAUGAGAGAAACUGAAACUUUGGAUACACUUUUUGAUUCUUCGUGGUAUUACCUGAGAUAUGCCUCACAACCGCUCGAUAACAAGCCUUUCGAUUGUGAGGCAGUUUUGCCCACAUUUUGUUACGUCGGCGGCAAAGAACACGCGGUUCUUCAUCUGCUUUAUUCACGAUUUAUUACACACUUUCUUCACGACAAAGGCUUUUGUCAUUUUAGAGAACCCUUUAAGAAGCUGUUAAUGCAAUCAUAUGUUAAGGGAAAGACAUAUAAAGUCGAUGGCGUGUAUGUCAGAAAAAAAGAGGCUAAACAACACAAUAAUGUUGUCAUUGAAUACGAAAAAAUGUCAAAAUCAAAGGGAAAUGGAUUUAAAUCACAGAGAUUAAUACAUAGGUAUGGAUCCGAUGCCACGCGUUGGACACUUAUAGCCGACGGAACCACUGAUAAGGAGAGGUUUUGGGAAAACGAUGAGAAAGAAUUCUAUCCGACUUUUAUAUUCCUGCACAGAGUUCUGCUGACAGUCGAAGAGUUUUGCGAUAUUAAAAGCGGCAAAACUGCAAUAAACGGUAAUGGUGAUCCCAUCAAAGUUAAAGAAGUGGACAAACAGACCAUCGAUAAAGCAAAACAAGAAUUACUCGAUGCCAUUACUUACACGACCAAUAAAGUGGUCGUUAGUAUUGAACACAUUUGUAAUAUUAAGACAUCGACGAUAGCCGUCCACGAGAUGAUCAAUUCUAUGCGAAAGUAUUGUGAAACAAAUGUCAUCAAUACUCUGGAAUACGAGAGAUGUUUGGCAGCGCUUCUAAUCAUUAUCUCGCCAUUUGUUCCGCACGUAUCGGCCGUCUGUUGGGAUCAAUUCACUUCUCACGCCAUCGGUUCCCAUGAAUACGAUAUCACAAAAUCAGUGUUCGAACAAAAGUGGCCCACAAUUGAUGACCAAUCCUUUGAGCACAAGAUUUGGUUCACAUAUAGUGACAAAACAGGCAAACAAAUCAAUAGUCAUAGCAUUAAAGCGAACAAAAGUUCAUUAAAAAAUUGGACACAAAGUGAUGUCAAAGAAGUGAUUGACGUCAGAGAAGAGGACAUCGAGAAGAUUGAUAUCAUUAAAGACGUUGCGGUUGUCGUGAGACUCAAGAAUGGAAAA